AUAGCAACUACUGCCAGGACUCCUGAAAAUAGACUUUCGACAACUAGGGCGGCAGUCUGAUAUCUCUCGGUAAGAAAUGGCCCCUAAAACCAUAAAACAGGCUUUAGAAGACAUGCUGGAGGACCUGAAGCCGGAGGACUUCAAAAAGUUCUGCGCACAGCUUGUGGACCGCAGGAAAGAGCCGCGGGUCAGACGCAACAGGGUGGAGGGUAAAGACUUUCUGGAUGUCGCGGACGUCUUGGUUUCAACUUUUACCGAGCAGGGAGCUCUUGCUGUGGCUGACGAGAUCCUGAAGGACAUUGGAUGCAGCAACGACGCAGAAAAUCUCGGCAAGACACGGCAGGACAGUAAUGAUAGGUAUAAAAUGGAUGCCAUCCCAUGCGGACACUGUCUCAUCAUAAACAACGUGGAGUUUGAACCACAGACCAAGAAGGGCUAUCGCACAGGGUCUGACAUAGACUGCAACAAGCUGAAGAGAAGAUUCAAGGCAUUCAACUUUAAUGUGGAAGUGAGGACAAACCUGAAACAAGAACAAAUCAAAGAUGAACUGACAGAGUUGUCUAAGAAAGACCAUUCCCAGUAUGACUGCUGUGUGGUUAUCAUACUGUCCCAUGGGACAGAGGUGCCUCACAACAACAUCCCUGGUGCCGUGUAUGGUGUGGACGGAGAGCUUGUCCCAAUUGAGUCCAUUACAAACUACCUCAACGACCAGCAUUGCCCAUCUUUACAAGGCAAACCCAAACUUUUCUUCAUCCAGGCCUGUGGAGGAGGUAAAAAAGACAUAGGCUUUGAGGUGUCCCCCGAUGGUGUUGAACCAUCCACUAGUGGAGCAAAUGACCAGAUGGACAACAUUCCAAUGUCCUCCAGCAGCGACUCUUCCAGCAUGUCCACCCCAAGUGACAUUCUGGUGUCCUACUCUACUUUUCCCGGUUAUGUGUCUUGGAGAGUCCCUCAGUCAGGUUCCUAUUACGUAGAGACUUUGGACCGCAUCCUUGAGGAAAAGGCUGCUACCGUUGACUUGCUCGGAAUGUUAACAAUGGUGUGCAACGAAGUCUGCAAAAAGUCUGCAAACAGGAUCUACAAGCAAAUAUCUGGUUCUUUUGAAUCUCUCUGCAAAAGUCUCUACUUUCAAACCAAAGAAUAGAGGCAAUGUUAAGCUUGACAAAACUCUGUUAAACCUUCAGGAAAUGUUAGUCUAUAGACUCUAAUCUUGUCUUAUUGUACAUUUGUAUUGUCUGUCAUGCCUUACUGUGUUUUUAAAAGUUAAAUGAACUUUUUAGGGAUA